AUGGCCGCCAGUGACAUGUUCAACAUGGCUGCCUCUGAGGGGUCUUCCGAGGAGGACGAUGCAAGUCCGGGUGUUGCUGCGGACUCCAAGAACAACCAGGGCAGUCAAGCGCAAGACCAAAAAGAGAAGCAAGCCAAGAAAGAGAAGCAAGAGACAAGCUCAGAGCAGAGCAGCCAAGAGUGUGACUGUGAGAGUUCCCAGCAGCGAGGCCGCAAGCGGACGAGAAGUUCCCCCGGGAAGAAGCAGAAAGAAAGGAAGCAACAGAAGAAGGGCGAGGACGACGUGUGUCGUCUGUGUCAAAAACGCAGAAGAGGCGGGAAGAACAAGGAGUGCAAUAUAUGCAAAGCAGACAUCGCCGCCGCCGCGAGGGAUGCGAACAGGCAGAACAAGAGAAGCUUCUUCAACGACCUCAGGCGAAAGGGAGGGGCUCCGUGGCGUGACUUUAUGUUUGCUUUCAUACGCAACUGCGGAGAGAGACGGAAGUAUGAGAAGCGUGACCAUUUCGACUUCAUCAAGUACGAAGCUGCCAUCAAGCUCAGCGCCAAACUCCAGCUGGGGUUCAAAGCGGUUAUGACAGCGGAGGAGGAGCACGUUGAGGCCGCCGAGCGGAAGGGGCAAAGUCGAAUGGAGGCUCGUGCAGAAUGGUUGAAGGAAGAAAGAAAGGCGAUCUACUCCGACAUGAAGGGCCCUGGAGGAACCAAACGAAUUCCGAUACGAACCGAAGAUUUUGUCAUCGCAUACGAAGAGGUCGCCAAGGAGCAGGCCAUAACGCUGAGCCACAAGCAAGAAAAACACUCAGAAGCAAAGCUACAGGAAAUGCUUGCUGGCGCGGCCGCCCAAUCCAAGGGGAUGAUGGCAGAAGUUGCUCAGCUUGCUUCCGGCGCCUCCGGCGCCUCGGCCUCCUCGAUGCCAAACCUGGGCAAUGAAGGAAAUACGAUGUUCAGAGCCGUCGGGGACUUGGAAGCGGCAGGGGGCGAUGGCGAUGACUCGCAGAGGAGGAGGAAGAGAAAGAAAGGGAAGCGAGGCUCCUCCUCCAAAGACCGCUCCGAGAAUGACUCUUCAGAGGACAAGAAGGACACGAAGAAGAAGAGAAGGGCGUAUGAUGUGGAGAGUGGCAUCCUGGGGGCAAUAAGCUCUUUGUCUCCUGUCUUUCAGAAGAUUCACGAUGAGAUCUCUGAGUGCCUCGACCGCGUGACGCUGCAGCUCGCCAAGUGGCAAAGGUUGGACACGGAGCUGACCAGCACGAUGCCUUUACGCGACAUGCUCGAGCGAAGGUUGGAGGCCUGCCAGCUGGUGCUAGCAGACUGCCCCAGCGUGCCGAAGCAGGGAGUGGAUUGCAGGGAAAAACAAGCCCAAGCAGUUCAGAAGAUGAUGGAUGCGAAGCAGAAGUGGCAGCAGGAGAACACACCGGAGCCUUACCCUGGCUUCUUUGCAAAUGGUCCUCUGCUCUCAGUGUGCACCUCGCUGAAGGCUCUGGGGAAAGAUGUUACAACCAAGAAGCAGAUGGAUGAUCAGGUGAAAGAAGUGAGGGCUUUGUUGACAAAUCACGGCACACUGGUGAAGCGCACGAAUGCCGUGAUCAGCAAGGCAGAGAAAGCGGAGAGGGACUUCAAUGCUCAGAAAAAAAAGAAAGAGGAAGCAGCGACCGAAGCUGCUUUGAAAAGGGAAGCAAGUUUGAAGAAGGCCGCCGAGACGAAGACGAAGCGCCUCACCCUCGCCGCAGAGAAGCAGGGCACUGUGAAUGAUCUCUUCCACAUCGACUUCGGGAAGCUCAACGCCGGCAAAAUCAAGUCUUACGCCGCCUCGGCGGCGCCGACCGAGCUGGACUGGGCAGAGCCGUUCUUCGUGAGAUGCGGUGCCGAUGGUGGGCCAAUGGCGGAGAUCACAAGCAACAAGGAGGUAAGCCAGCACCUGAACAGCUACAGGAACGGGUUCCCCAACUCUCCAGCCUCCACCCAAGGCAAGAUGAAAAUGGCCCACACUGUCGCUGCUGAGGAUGCUGAUCGGCUGCGUGCUGCUUUCUUGCGUGCUUGGAAUAUAGAGGAGUACAAGGCAAGUGAUGUCGAUGCAGUGCCGCAUCCUGGCAAAAAGAAGCAGGAGGAGGAUGAAGCGAACUCGAUUUCCUCAAAAGCUGAGUGGAGAUGGCCCCAGGAGAUGCAGCAUGUGCAGGUGUUCGGUGAGGGUGAGCAGUAUGUGAACCACGGAACAAUGCCCGCCGAAGUGGCGUGCAUCAAGUACCUCGUCACGGGCCAGAGUAUGAUGGUGGCCAUGCCCGCAAGCAGGCUGAGGAGUUUUUUCAGCGGCAAGAAUGAAACUGCUGGCGGGACAAAGCUCGCAGAUGUGAAGAGGUUCUUGCAGAACCUCCAGCCUGCCGAAGUGAUUGCGCUGAUGAACAGAUGCAGUACCCCGGACCGCCCCACGAUUCGGUACGGGGUUGUAUCGGAGACCAAUCUUUGCUAUGUGCCUCCUGGCUGGGUGGUUUGUGAAAAGGUCCUGAACCAGAGAGUGAGCAUCGGCGUGCGCGUGAGUUUCCUCGCGAAGUCGCUUGAUGAGCAUUCCCAUAGCUUCUCUGCGGAUCUCCGGUCCAUGCAGGAGCUUGUGAUCAAUGGUUCAAGCCAUUCCAGCAAAUCUGCGACUCAGCUGGGUAUUUGGGUCAAUCUCCUUUGGCAGAAAAGAAAUAAGGAUCCGACGCAGCCACAGGACACCGGGAUGACAAAGGCGAAACACAGUUUGAGUUGCACGAACACUCAUGGGGGGAUCCAGGAAUCUUAG